GUUCGGUUCACAAGGUGUUCGAUGUUGGACGUGUGCGCUUGAAUCCGGGAAAAAAUAACGCUUGGCAGUAGUAACAUAUUGAUCUCAACGGUGCUUUGUUGUUUUUUCUCUUGGCUGUCACGUAUACGUACAGUCGGUUCUUCACAGUCUGUUUAUUAAUCACGAAACUGCCAUGGCGAAAGUGUAAUAAUUGCCCCUAGUGAAGUAAUUAAUUGAAAGCAAAGUAAACCAAAUUUAACGACAACGAAAAGUGAUACGAAAACGAUGCACAAAUGAAGCUGCAACGAUAUAAAACCAACUGCCAACGAAUAAGCAAGGAAACGAGGGAUCCAAAAUGGGCCACCAUAUGUUUAUGGGCGGUCGUAACGCUGAUUUUUUCGACCCACUUGGCAGAGGGCCAGGAAAAUCCACCACCGGUGGACUCCAAGGAGGUGGAACUACUGCAGGAUAAUGAUAUCGAGUUCGCCAGUCUCGAUGGCGCCACCCAACUUUUGCCAGCAACCCGACAUUCCGGCGCAGACGUCACUGUGGCGCCACAAACAUCACAAACUUCCCCGAUGACGUCAUCUGCCGCGUACACUGAACUUCAAGGCGGCGAAAUCCUCAGCGAACGUAUCCUUCGGCGCAGCGAGAGUCCUUAUUUGGCUCGCGAGGACCUCGAGGUCUUGAGGGGAGCCCGACUGACCAUCGAACCGGGUGUUACCAUCGAAUUUGCCCCCACCAAAGGACUCAAAAUCAGCGGCGUCCUGCAGGCGGUGGGCACGCCAACCUCCAGGAUUGUUCUGAAGUCCCAAAGUAACACGGCCAACUACAAAUUGGAACUGCCCGAUGACCAAGAAAAGAGCAUUAGACUAGUGGAUGGACAAACUCCAGUCGAAGGAAGACUGCAGCUUUUCCACAAAGGAGCUUGGCGAUCCGUUUGCUCCAAUUCGAGAAAUUGGACUUUGGCGGAUUAUGGAGUGGCCUGUAAGCAACUGGGCUACAGGGGCGGUCGCUUUUGGAACUGGGUGGAGCGAACGGCAGGAUAUUACCCUCGACUUCUGUACGAGCAGCCCAAGUGCAGAGGCGGCGAAAAUAAACUGCAGGACUGCACUUGGACCUCCAGGCAAAUGGGAGCUGGUGCCUGCGAUUAUCACAAUGAUCUGGGCAUCCAGUGUCUGCCUGUUCACUCGGAACCCCUAGGUCACUGGCGUGGCAUUUACUUCGACAAUGCGCCAUCCACAAAGACUCUGGGCAGAGAUAACAUAGUUUAUGCGGCCCAAUCGGAAUCUCGGCUCAAAUACGUGGACAUCAUAAGGGCAGGCAGUGGAGCUGGUUUCAGUGCCAGAUCGGCGGUGGAGGUCCAGGGAUUGCCGCCCCAAAUGGAGCACGUGGUAAUCAGUCAUUCGGCCUACACUGGAUUCAAUAGCACACGACCCUGGGCAGGAUUCCAGUUGCAAAACGUCACCGUACGCAAGUGCAAUGGCAUCGGGGUUUUCGUCAACUCAAGCCAGGGUGCAGUGCAACUGGAUGGCUGUUCGAUCGUUGACAAUGCCGGCGAUGGUGUCAAGUAUGUGGGUCACGACUUGAGGGGCACUGAGAGAAAAGAUCGCGCCAGCAUAUAUGACUUUUGCACACUGCCCACAACUUCGGGGCAAACUUAUCCCAUCUCGCUGUCUUUUACCCAAAAAUACUAUGCGGGGUCGGCCAAAGAGUGUGGCAAGUAUUUCUUCACAAGACCUGGAUACCUACUAACCCUCCAUUUCGAGCACUUUGUGCUAAUGCAAAACGAAACGGCCACUGUGGAAAUCUAUGAUGGAGCCUCGACAAACGAUCGUUUGUUGUUUGAGUGGAAGGCCAGGAAUUACACGAGACCCCAAAGUGUGACCUCUACGAGGGAGAAAAUGUUUGUGAGGAUACGUGCAGAUGCCAGGCAGGAAUUGAAUGGUUUCUUCAGGAUGACAUCCGGUGAUUCGGUGGCCUACGACCUCAAGAUAGCCCAAUCCACCGUGGAAGACAAUGGAGGUCGUGGCGUGGCCAUUGAUAAUAUAAGAUCGAAACUCCAUGUGCACAGUAGUUCGGUCUCAGGAAACGGUCAUGUGGCCGGAAUUCAUGUCACCAGUGGAGCUGGAGAUGUGAACAUAACCAGUUCGAAUAUAAGUUUCAACAACGGCGCUGGUGUCAAUAUCACCUAUUAUGGGGGCAAUCGUAACAUCUCCAGAUCGGCUUUAAAUGCCAACAAAGGUUAUGGCAUAGCCACUUGGCUGAAUCACACUUCGGAUGUCAACUACAUGGAGUACAUACCAUUCAAUCAAACCAGCGUGGUGGAGUACUCACAGAUCGGUGGAAAUCUAGAGACUGGCGUAUUCCAUGGCAACUUCUGUCGACCCAUUUGGGUGAACAUCACGGGAAACAGUUUCAAUGGCAGCCAACAGAACGAUGUCUUCAUUGAAUCCUGUUACCAGGCCACUGCCAAUGGCAAGCCCAAUAUGCAACUGCAAUUGGGUCACAAUCAAUUCAAAUAUUCACAGGCAAACUCCAUUAAUCUAAGUCCCGCCUUGAAUCUACAGGGAAGAAUCGAGUACAAUAUGUUUCGCUAUGGCUCCUAUGGCUGUCUGUUCAUCAACAACGACUACAUAUACCCGGAGUUCAACUUCUUCCCCGUCAAACUGAUUAUACAGAGUAACUACUUUAUGCGAAACAGUGGCGUUCAUGUGGUUUCUUUGGGCCUAUCCCCCUAUAGUAGAGCUGAAGUUCAGUAUAUACUGUUCACAAGGAACUUUGUGAGGGGAAACAACAUAACCGAGGCUUUUGGACCUCUAAUAGCGGGCUCUGAAGGAACAGAUGGCGCUGGUCGUCUGAAUCCCCGAUCUCGAGUGGCUGCACCCGUAGUCGUGGGUUCCAGUAACAUAGACAUAUUCAGGAACAUCCUGCACAAUCUGGAUUCCAUGUACGAAAUUGGCUCGCAACUCACAGAUCAAAGCAAGAUCAUCAAUGCCACUUGCAAUUGGCUGGGACACACGGACGAGAGUAAGAUAUACUCACGGCUGUUCCAUCGCAACGAUCGCUAUAAUCUGGCCAAGAUCAGCUAUAUACCCUACCUGCUGCACAGCUCGAACCCUGGAUCCACGGCCAUGAUCACAGUUUCCACAGUGGUUCCUCGAUUUUUCCACGAGGGCAGCGAUAUCAUAGGUGGCGAGGUGGAUGGCCAGGAUAUGGUGCCGGCAGGAACCUACACGGUCACCAAGGAUAUCAAUAUUCGACCUGGUGGUAAGCUCAUACUCCAGCCAGGCACCACACUUAAGUUCGAACCCAGUGUGGGCAUGAUGGUGGCUGGCAAACUGGAGGCCAGAGGACGCCGGCCCGAUGACAUACUUUUCACCCUGAAAAGGGAAACGAUUAUUAACGAGCAUAAUGACACGGAGACCAUCGAUUUGGACAGCGAAACGGAGGCCAUAGACAUGGAAACGGAGGUGAUUCCCUCGGAUGGAGUGCCCAGAAUACCAGUUCGCCUGGUUGGUGGCACCGGCGCCAAUGAGGGCAGGCUUCAGGUCUAUCUAAAGGGUCGAUGGGGCACGGUCUGCGACUACGGCUGGAAUGUGCUGAACGCAGCUUUGGUCUGUCAUCAGUUGGGAUACUCGCUAAACCCCCAAGACUGGCGGCUACUACGCUCGCAGCUGCCAAAUGCAGGCACUUCCGAGGACAUUCUAAUGGCCAGUGUUCGGUGUACGCUGCAGGAUCGAGAUCUAACCAAGUGCCGAGCCGAAUAUGAUUUCGAAAACACUUGCAGUCACGAAAACGAUGUGGGUCUGCGUUGCUAUGAGGGCGCUUGGGCUGGCGUGAGGUUCAGCAUGCUGGCCGAAAGAGCCGACUUGCAAUAUGUGACCGUGGAAAAGGCCGGACUUUUCGACUACACCACCAAUGCCUUCAAGCCGGCCGUUCAAAUGGACCAUGCCCGUCACAAUUUGGAAAACGUGCGGGUGGUUAACAAUCUGCAAGAUGGCCUGGGCAUCGUGUACUCCGACAUCUAUGCCGGCAAGUCGGUGAACAACAUCAAGAACUCCGAGUUCUCUGGCAAUGGCGGCAGUGGCAUCAGUCUAAAGCAGCUGGACUUUAGAGUGUCAGGUUCGAUUAUUAAGGACAACAAGGGCAGUGGUGUUUCCCAUGAUGCUGUGAUAUCUGCCUUGGAUCAAAAGGAAAUCGGUGGUUGGUUUAACAUGGCCAGGGACUUCAACGCCUACGACACCGACUACGAUCCCUAUGUUUUGCCCCACGAAAUAAGCAACAUUGAUUUGGGCACCUUCGAGCACAAGUACAUACGCACUGAAGAGAUACUCGGACAAAGUAUCAGUAGGAAAAUUGUGGUGCAGUGCCCAGCCGGCUAUGUCAUUGGCAUACAGCUCCUGAAUCCCAUACACAAUCUGUCCACAGAGAGCAUUAACAUACUGAAUGCCAGAACAGAGAACAUAAGGAGUGAUUUGUGGCAGGUUAAGAGGGACUUAAAUGUAUUCCCCGCCACCAGCAGCAGUUAUGGCAUUAUAAUCUACUACGAAAGUGGCUUACAGGCUUUGGGAGGAGCUGUUCUGAUGUUGAGUACUGUCACGGCUCCAGUUCAGAAUAUCAGAAACCGCAUAGUCAGCGGAGCAGUGCCCACUUUAACCAUUCGAUCAACGAAGAUUCAGAAAAAUCUAAGGGGUAUUACGGGUAUCUACUACAAUCGCUAUAUAGGCGACAAUGGGGAGUUGUACUUGAGGAAGGCCAACGAAUCAAUUAGGUUAAUCAACUCUGAGUUGAGUUACAACGAACGAGAGGCGGUUCUCAUAAGGUCGCCAUUCUGGGAUGUGAUCUCCAGUAAUCUAUCGGAGAUAACCCUUCAUGUAAAUGGUUCGCUGAUCACCCAAAAUGGACAUGGCAUACGACAGAUGUCAAAGGAUCUGCGUUCCUCCAACAAUCUUUUCCAUUACGUGAUACAGGAUACCACUGUGGAGCAGAAUACUCAUGGAGGUUUUCAGGUGUCUUUACCCUAUGUCUGGCAAUACAACGAGAACUUCACACACUCCAUUUAUUUUGGCAACAGCACUUGGCAAAGAAAUCGCGACUUCCGCAUCUCAAUUUCCGGACACUAUACGGUCUUUAAUAUAACCUCCAAUGUUUUCAGAGAGAACAAUUGCCCGGGAGCUCUGAUUUCCCUCGAUGGAAUGGAAAAACGGCUUCGUUUCGACAACAAUCGCUUCGAGUCGAAUAACGCCAGGUUUGUGCUGCUCUUCAAGGCGGAUUCCCUUAGUGAAAUUAUUGGACAAGUACCGGCCAGCAUUGAAUUUAAUAGCUUCAAGGGCAAUAACAUUGUGACCAUGACGGCGAACUAUAGAAACCAAUACAUGAAAGCUGCCAGGAGAAUAAGGAAGCAGCACAAGAUACCCACCGCAGUGAUUCGACUGGAUGGUGUGCAGAAUGUGCGACUCUAUCGCAAUCUUAUAGCCGAAAACGAAAUGGACUAUAAUCUGGUGGCAGGCGUGAGAUCGGCCAGAUUGAAUAACUACUUUGAGGCCAGAGAGAACUGGUGGGGCACCAAGGAUACCUCGUUCAUAGAGGCCAAGAUCUUCGACUUUGACAAUUGGAACGAUCAUGCGGAUGUGAUAUAUCAACCUUUUCUCAUCGAAGAUAGUUAUGAUGCCAGUGUGUCGGUGGUGGUGCCCUUUAAUCAGGAUCAGGAGAUCGACUUGACAACCUAUAGAGGUGGCAGGGUGUACAAGGACUUGGUGUUGAAGAAGCAAACAACACCCUACUACAUAUCCUCUGACAUAACAGUGAUGCCUGGCAAAACAUUGACCAUAAAUCAUGGCGUGGCAAUGGAAUUUGAGCCCAAUGUGGGCAUAUUGGUUCUGGGUACCCUGGUGGCCAUUGGCUACAAGGAAUCACCCAUUGUAAUGAGACCCUUUAGGAAUGCCACCAGGGAAUCCCUGAUAGAUGCUCAACCCAAGAAGCGCGCUUUGGAGGACAUGAGUGCUCCGCUAACCGAAUUCGAUUCCAUAAGACUUUGCACCAGUGCCAAUAACUGCACGGGAGAUGCCGAUGGCUUGUUCGGCUUGAAUGAGGGAUUCCUGGAGUACUUCAAUCACACCACUCUUCAGUGGGUGCCCAUUUGCGACAGCAGAUUCACGGAGCGAAAUGCCCAAGUUGUUUGCCGCGAAUUGGGCUACGAUCCGCUGAAUGUUUACUAUGGCCACGAUCGCAGGAUAGAGUUUCACACCAAUUCACUGACACGAAUUUGGUCGUGGGUUCAGCCACUGGAGUGCCGAGGUGAUGAGGACCGCAUGGAGGACUGUGCGGAGCGUUUGAAUGGUCAACUCUAUGGACAUCGACACGAGUGCCGUUGGGAUGAUGUGUUUGUCUUCGUGAGCUGUAACAGCCUGGCCGACGAUGAAGUCUAUUGGGGCGGCAUCAGAUUCGCCAACUCAAAGUUCGAGGAAAUCCAGUACGAACAUCGUUUGCACAAUACAAGAUCUCAUGCUCGAUUGCCCCUGAGGGAAAGUCAACUGGAGUUCGUAAACAUCGAACAGGCUGGCAUGCUGCAUAAUCACAAGGCGGCUGCCAUUCAAGCCAUACACAAGAAUCCAACCAUAACCUCGGUGAGCAUCGAAAACUCAGCUAAUCAUGGCAUAAAUCUGAUAGCUCCCAGUGGUAAAUUGAAUUUGAAUCAUUUGAAUAUCAAUAAAACACUGGGUUCUGGAAUUAGCAUUGUGUCUUUGAGUGGCGAAGGUCGAGACAGCGAUGAAUCUAGUUUUUCACCGCUCAAGAAAUUGGAUCUGCCGUAUAAGCUUUUCUCCCUGGUGGACAUAUGCGAUCCCCAAAAGGUGCUGACCAUUGAAGAGCGCAUGCUGAUUUACUACAAAUACGACAAUAAUCCAGUCAAUUGUGUGAAGAUAUUUACCUCGGCUUUUCGAGCCAAACCAAUAGGUUUUAGGUUGCUACAAUCCAAUCUGUUCAAUCACUCCAAGCUAUAUGGCAGAACCGAUUUCAUAAGGCUGUUCGAUGGUGACAUCUACAAUGUGACUGCCACUUAUCUGGGUAAAAUCGAAUCUGAUACGGACAACCAAAGGUCGUUCUUCAAGACCAAGGGCCCAACGAUGAGCCUUCAGUUGGUGGCCAGUGGAGCUCCCGAAACACAUGGUUUCAUAGCCGAGGUGGUCACAGUGCCCAUUUCCACUUUGGGUCAAUAUCGCGAUGCCUUGCACAAUAUCACAGAUACUCACAUCUCAGGUGCUAUGAAAGGGGCGGUUACCUAUUCCUCUGCGGGUGAGGUCACGCCCACUUUGACUUUGAUUGGCAAUCGGAUAGAAAAGAAUUGCCGUCAAUUGUAUGGCAACUUUUCGACAUGCGCUUCAGCUUUGAACUUGGAUGUGCAGAACAUGAAUUCGUUGUACUUUAUGAACAAUCUGAUCACUGAAAAUCAAGGUGGCCUGCGUAUACGGGCUGAUUCUCGUGGCUCAGCCACCUCACUUCGAGGCUUUGUUCAUCACAACCUCUUUAUGAGGAAUCGCAAUCGUCCCGCUUUGUAUGUGGAAGGACGACAAUCCUCGCCGUAUCAGGAAGUAGAGCUCUAUCGCAAUUACUUUGCCCAGAAUAUGGCUGGCUAUGAGGAUGUGAUCCGAUUGUGCCAAGUGGUGUCCAACUUCAGCUACAACUAUGUGCACAGCAAUGUGGGAGGAAGAAUCAUGGAGGUUUCUGGCUUCGAAAAGGUGCGACUGCAGAUCUAUCAGACCACGGCUCACAAUGGUUUUUAUAGGAACUUUGCCACCAACUGGAUGACCAGAGCAACAAUUGUGGCUGGAACAGCGGGUCAGCAAUAUGUGGAUAAUAUUUUCGAGAACUACGAAAACGAUUAUGAGCUGCUAACCGUCAAUAAUUCAAUUUUGAGUUUUGACUUUGAAAACAGGACCUUUGAAACCUGGAGCUCAAAGAUUGAUGCUCGUCAUAACUAUUGGAGCUAUAAUAAUACCAUUUCAGUUCAGUCUCGUAUUAGAGAUAAAUCAGAUGAUCCUAUGCUUUUGGAGGUCCUGGCCGUGCCCUUCCAAAUGAACAAUGAAACUAUCCUGGAUGGCAAAUGUCCGCCAGGUUGGGCGCUAGUUCACGACACUUGUUUCAUCUAUGUGGGAGCUCCCAUGACUUUCCAUGAGGCCCGAGAUUUCUGUCGCUCGGAAAACUCCACCAUGCCAUUCAUUCGCACGGACAAGACCACGUUAUGGAGGUAUCUGCAAAGCCAGAUGAGGCACUUGAAGUAUCCGGAUAAGGUGUGGAUUCAGGACUACAAUCACAUCGAACGCUGCACGAGUUUUGUGUUCGGGGAAAUCGAACUGGAGGAUUGCAGCAAAGAGCGUGGUUUCAUAUGCGAAAUGGAUCCUAGGGUGAUCAUUGAUCCUCUCUCGUGGCGUGCAGACAUCUUUGCCAUCAGUAUUAUCUCAGCCUUUGUCCUUGCCAUUAUCCUGCUGAUCCUGGUGGCCUUCUGCUGGUUUGCCAAAUCAAAGCACCGUCAUACCCAACGACUCCAGCGCAGAAACAGCAUUCGCCAAAGUUUGCGCAGCCUGAACAGCAUCGAUCCGCAGGGUUCCCUUCGCCGAAGACCCAAUUAUAACAUGUCCAGCAAUGGAACGUUGUCCAAGAGCCAGGACUACAAGCAGAUGGUGACGAAUGGUUCCAUUGAUUCCAUGGACAAAAGUGUGCUGAGCUCGGAGGCUGGCAGCUUUGAGGGCUACGAACAAAAGCCAAACUACAAUGAGUAUGUGAAUCAGAAUGCCCUGAGACCCGUUCAGCCCGCCCAGGAUCAUCAGAGUCACAAGGUGGCCACCAUCUCAAAGGCCAGUGGACAUCGGGCCAGAGCUGCCGCAGCUGCCCUGGAGCCCGAUGCCUUCGAGCUGAGCUACCGAAACGAGGGAUUCCGAGAUAACUCCACCUACGGCGGAGGCACUCGGGCCAAUUCCAUCAGCACCAGUGUGGCCGAGGAUACGCCCAUUAUACAUCACACAGAUCAGGAGAUCGAUGAGGGUGGCUCCGAUUAUUAUGGCAAUGCCAGUACCCUGCCACUGCGAACAGAGAUAGGCGGUGGGGGUAGCACACCGGGCGGAAGGCGUGGCCAGCCCGGCUUGGCCUUCCUCAGCGAACUGAAACAGAAUCUGCCCGAGUACCAGAGAAGUUCUCACAGCAGCUUUAUGCCGCACCGAAGUAGCGGCGAUUCCCUGCCCUUCGAUCAAAAGCUGGAUCAGUUCAACUAUUCCACGGAGUCCUCACUGUACCGUCCGGCACCUGCGGUUCCCAGCCAACUGCAGCAGCAGCAGGCAACGCCAGCGGAUAUGCGACGUCCGGACUCGUACUAUACGGCCGUGAGGAGUAGUAAAGCUCCAGUCUCACAUUACCGUACGCCCAGGCCACUGGCACAACCACCGGCCGCACCAAAAGUGGCGCCCUCGGGUGGACCGACGAAUGGAUCGUCGCAUGGACGUCCCAAGACGGUUUACCAAACGGCUUCGGAGGAGUCCUCGCCGACGAACCCCUCACCGCUGGCCAAUCCCUAUCAUCGCUCCAAGUCAGAGGCUCUGCUCGAGACAGAUUUCGAUGGGGACGGUGGUACGGGGGGUCUGCAGCCGCUGCAAGCCAACGGACGAAGUCACAGUCAGCCCCUGGAAACAGCCAUGUGAAGAGUCGUCAACCAAUUCAUACUCUAAUUUAACAAUCACUUUCUGCUCGCUGCAAACCUGGACAAACUCUUCUUUCCAGAUGACAAAACAUUCCAUUUCAAGCUCCAUAAAUAUUUGUUUUGUCAGCUUCGUUCAGAGUUCAAUCAGCUUCAUAGCUUCGUAGUUUUAGUUUGCCUUAAAAGUAUACUUUUUAGAAUCGAGAUUACGAUAGAGAGAGACCAAGAGAGACGAACACGCCCGCCCGUUGUUUUUAUUUUUGUGGUAAACUUAGAUCAUUCCAUCCAUUAGGUUUAAGUCUACGUUUAACUAUUGCCGAAACGAAUUAGUCCUAAGUUGAUGUAUAUAAACAGAUAA